AUGGCUUCUACUAUGGCUCUCCGGGCAGCCACCCACCGAUUGACGACGACGCCGGUUGAAGAGCUGCCUUCAGCGGCGGCAUAUUUGGCGUCAACCUUAUGCGAAAGUAGCUCUAUUUUGUCUGCGCCGGAAAACCAGCGAAAGGUGGCGGGCGCACCCGAUGCUGCACUGCUUGUGACAAAAUUGAAGGCUCGCAUUACCAGCUUGCUUCAGGACAAAAGCAUUGAAGGACGAUGGACCGCAAUUAUACUAGUCAAAGCGGCGAUAGAGGCUGGUAAAUGGGAAAUACUGCGUGGUUGCGAGCCUUGGGUUCGUGCGCUUUUGGCCAUUCUGGGGCUUACUCGCCAAUAUCCGACCUUAACACGAGAAAUCACCACUCCUUCACUACCAGCAUUUAUAACUGCGUGUUUAAACCUGAUAUCCAGCAAAUCGGCAUCAGAUAGUCGAAGGAAGCUGAAAAGAAACAGCUCUUUAGUUGCGUCUGUCUUUAGUUCUUUCUUGGAGCUACUUCCAAACCAUCCCACGAUAUUCCGACCGUUCUCCGCGCAAAUACACGAUUUACUCCUGCCGUUAAUUGGAUCCAUUGGCUCAGCUGAUUUCGUUUCUGAACCUCCUGUUUUGAUUGCCCAACGAUUGCUUGUGGCGCUGCAUCAUUGCGCUCCAAAAAAUACGGCCGGCGAGGAAUGGUUCAAAGGAUACCGGUCAACCAUCUUGUCCGCUCAUCAUGCAGGAGACCAUCUAUUCCGAGGAAUCAAGGAACAGUGGGAGUCUGCGGAUGCCGAACUACGCCACUCCUCGAAGUCCAAAGACUACAGUACCCCGGUUGGUGAUGAUGGUCAAGACCCCCUUGGUCUACAGCCGUGGAAUGGCAUUCAAGAAGGGAGCGGCCGCCUUGUCAGUUUGCUAGGGUUACUGUCACAGUUCCUCUCAUGUCCUUCGCAUUCAAGCGUAUCGAUCCCUAUUGGCUCUACUCUUGAUCUAACGUCCCGGCUAGCUUCGCUUCAUGUUCCGGCCUCAGAAGGUGAGGCUGAAAACUCGCGUAUGAUCAACCGAGAAGUUAGCCGGUCUGAGAGAGAAAGCCUGUUCAGCGAGCUGCCAGCGAUCUAUAUCUCCACGUUGAAUUUGCUCACCGCAAUAAUCAAAUCAUUUGGGACCGGAAGUGUUUCCAUAGCUCAAAGCUGCCUUGAUCAGGCGCUUUGUAUUUUCGACAAUGCAAAAGAAAGCAAAACUGUCCGGACGGCAGCCUAUCGGUGUAUCAACACCAUCUUACCCGUUAUUGGAUGUACAUCUACCAAACAAGGAGUGUCGCUGUUAACUCCGGCGAUACGGCUGGCAUGCGCUGACCUGCUGCCUCAAGCUCAGGACAACACGCCAACAGAACAGAAUCCUAAAGCCAAGGGAAAUCAAACCGUAAUCAACGCAGACGCUUUUUUGGGCACAAGUGCUAGGUCUACAAAAGUAGACACUAGCUCAUCGGGCUUUCAGGACGUUCAAGCCAUCGCCUGCCAAACACUGGUCAAUACCCUUGCAUACUUGCCGACCGAACUAAUUCCGUUAUCGUUACGUGCAGAAAUUGAUCGUACUGCAAUCCUUACUGGGAAUGCGAAACUUAUGAUGGCGAGUAUACUUAAUCCUAUCCCAUCUACCAACAACCAACCCGGCCAUGCGAGCAUCCUGCCGUUCCUCGCUAGGAAUAACAAAAUCGACCUGGAGGUAGAAGGUUUACUAAGACCACGGAUGCCUGUUCUCACGACUGGCGCAGGAAAACGCAAAUUCGAUUUCGCAAUCCAACAGAACGAGAGCGAUGUAGAGGAAGCUUUUAAUACGGCAAACCGUGAUACAAUUCAACGACCAGUUCUAGCAACAGAGAACACUGUACUAGCAGACUUGGCCCCCAAACCAAUGGAUAUCGACACUGCAGGGCUAGACAGCAGAGGAACCAAGAGGAGCCGUGAAACUGACAGCGAGCCUCAGCAAGCAACCGCACCAGUUAUUAUUUCUUCUCCAGGUAAAAAAGCCCGCGCGGAUAUGGAAACACCGAUUAUCGACACUUUGCAGGAAGAAUCAUUGCACCAACGAGCUGCAUCGGUAGAAAUGCCCUACGCUGGAGAAUUAUUGAGUCAUAAAUCAGUCGUUCCAAAACCGGGCGAGGAUAUCUCAGAACCAUUGGAACCAACGGUCAGCCAAGGCUUUUUCCAGGCCAGCACCAGCGUGUUGGUGCAAAAGGAUAUUGUCGCUGUGAAUGAAGAUGAAGAAAUGUCGAGCGGCGAUGAGAUUCCACAACUUAAUAUUGAGCCAGAUACAGAUGAGGAGGAUGACAUUUCUAUGCAAUAA